GAACCUCAGCUUGUCCUGUGCUGGGCUCAAAGCCACGUUGCUGCUUCUCUGGAAUUCCACACAAAUUCCUCUGCAGAAGGGAAUCCACAAGAUGAGGCCCAGGUUUCUCUGCAGCAGUUUGCCAGUUGGUUUGAUGUUCGGUUUCGUUGUUUUCCUGUUUCGACCUGUUUCCAACCAGAAAAUCAGAAACCAGAUUUAUUUCUUGGAUAAUGAAGGCGACAUUGUGUUAAAAGGACCGGACAAUCCUGGGAAUUACACUCUUGUCUGGGAAUGGGAACCACACUCGAGGCGGGGAAAACAGACAGUGGUAACUCUCCGUGUCCAGGGCGGGGGCACCUGGAGCAAACAGUUGGGCAAUGGCUGGGAAAAAACAGACAAGAACCACGAGGUGGAUGUGGAUCACCGUACUGUUAAUCUGGCAAUAAAAAAGCCCACAUUUAAAUGGUCGGGAUUGUUCACCUUGACUGAAGCACAUCCGAGGAAACAGAUCCUGAAACAAUAUGAAAUAUAUGGGAUCAAAGGUGAGUGGAGUGUUGACGGUUGCACCAGCAGUGCCAUGGGAACAGCCGGCAUUUACCUGUGUGAAUAUGAACAGGUUCAGGACUUCCAACCACGUGUUGCACAACAAGGAAUUCCCGAACAUGCUGACAGUUCCUGUAGUGAAUCUGCCAACGCUCUCGUUCACUUCUCCAUGUGGAGACCAGGACUGGUGCAGGAAUACGCUGAUAUUCCCCGACACAGGCACCGGGAAAACUGUUCCCGGAUCCGGUGCCUGGGUGGAGACUCUUCACGAAUCAAAAUUAAUCGUGUUUGGAGAAUUUGA